GCACGCUGUUCAUGGAGGACACGUUAGAAACGUCAUGACGUCAUCUCUCUGCGACACAUCAACACGCAGCUCUGUGAGAGAUGAGCUAACUCAGUGCAACUCUGCAAAUAUCGGUUACAGAACUUCACACGCUGAUCCAAGCUCAGUGUUUGAGCUUUACUUUGAGAGCUGUGACUGAAAGGAUUAAAUCUGAAAAGUUAUUUUCACAUUUUUGUUUGGAGUUUUGUUCAAACGAAGGCUGGAGUGACGCGGAGUCAGCAGCUCAUGUGUCAAAUUUGACGAAACUCAUCAAAAAAAAUCCUCCUGGUUUGUUUUUAACUUAAAGAUAACAGCUUUAGGCUCUCCUUUAGACAUUGAAGAUGGAAGAAGAAGAGCUGGUGGAGUACUUCAGGACCCAGAUGAGGAAAGACCCGGACAUGGCCUCAGCUGUGGCUGCAAUCCGAACUCUGCUGGAGUUCCUCAAGAGAGACAAAGGUGAGACCAUCCUGGGCCUCAGCAACAGCCUGACGUGGGCCACAGACUGCCUGACAAAAGUGGACUCCUCUGUGGCCGUGUCCUCAGGAGGAGAGCUCUUCUUGCGCUUCAUCAGUCUCACAUCCCUGGAGCACCAGGAUCUGUCUCGCUGUAAGAAGGUGAUGGAGGAGAGAGGAGAACUUUUUCUGGAGAAGAUCUCGUUGUCCAGGACCAAAGUCGCCAAGCUGUGUCACACCUUCAUCAAAGACGGAGCAAAAAUCCUGACUCACUCGUUCUCCAGAGUGGUCCUCAGGGUUCUGGAGAAAGCUGCAGCUGAGAAGAAACGCUUCUCUGUGUAUGUGACUGAAUCGCAGCCUGACGCCGCCGGGCGAGAGAUGGCGGACGCUCUGAGGAAACUCAACGUUCCUGUGACGGUGGUCCUGGACGCUGCUGUGGGGUACGUGUUGGAGAAAGUAGAUCUGGUCAUCGUUGGUGCAGAAGGAGUCGUAGAGAGCGGAGGAAUCAUCAACAAGAUCGGCACCUAUCAGACGGCCGUUUGCUCCAAAGCUCACAACAAACCCUUCUACGUGGUCGCGGAGAGCUUCAAGUUCGUCCGCCUCUACCCGCUCAACCAGCAGGACGUCCCCGACAAAUUCAAGUACAAAGCCGACACCCUGAAGACCGUCCAGAACCUGUCAGAGGAGCACCCCAUGAUCGACUACACGCCCCCCUCCCUCAUCACGCUCCUCUUCACCGACCUGGGAGUCCUCACGCCGUCGGCCGUCAGCGACGAACUCAUCAAGCUUUAUUUAUGAAAACAAACUGUGCCUCUAAUCUCUGAAUAAACACAUGAAAAGGUC